GCGACUGAGGGCGGACACGCUUGCCUCCACUUCAAUUGAUUCCCGACAUAGCUCACGAGACUCGUAUACACGCGACCUAAGCGGCGAAGAACUCGCCAUGCAGCCGCCUCCUAGGAAGAGCAACUAUACGAAGUUCUUGAAGAACUUGCACACGGAGCAGAUCGCAAAGCUCCAUGCGAAGAAUCAACAUGAAUGCGAUCUGCUUGAAGACCUGCGCUGUUACAUCGUCAAACGCUCGUCUAUCGAGAGAUCUUAUUCUGAGGCUCUCUUGAAAAUAUCCUCGGCUUAUCUGAACAGGAAGAUACCGAACAUUCCAGACAUAAAGGUCGACGGUGCGGAGGAGAAAUGGAACAUGUGGAAUGUGUGGCGCACGGUGCUGGAAGAGAACGAGAAGCUAGCACGCGCUCGUCUCGCAGCCGUCGAAGUGUUCCAACAGCACAUCACCGAUGAAGCGAAGCUGCUCCGACACCAGAAGCUCAGCUCUGCUAGGAAGUUUACGGAGGGCCUUGCUCAAGCCCACAAGGAGCUGCAGAUGACUGUAGGUGAAGUUGACAAGACCAAGAAGCUGUACUUCGACGAGGAGCAUACUGCUCAUGACGUGCGCGACAAAGCUAAAGACAUCGAGGAGAAGUUGAAGAAGAAAAAAGGAUCGUUCUUCCAAUCGAUUACUUCGCUGCAGAAGAACAGCGCCAAGGUUUCGUCCCGUCGUGAUCAGCUGGAGGAGAAAUCCACUGGCGCCAGGAACGAUUAUAUUCUAAGCAUUGCAGCUGCUAAUGCUCACCAGAAUCGCUACUUCCUAGUGGAUCUUCAGACUUGCAUGCAAAACAUGGAGUCCUCGGUGUACGAGAAGGUUUCUGAGUACCUUACGCUUAUGGGACGCACGGAACUCUUGACUUGCUCUGCCACCCAGCACUCAUUUGGGAAGAUCAGGGAUCAAGCGCAGCAGCUGACCAGGGAAUAUAACUUGCAAUGCUUGUAUUUAUAUUAUCCAGUGCUGAAGCAACAUAUCCAGUACGAGUUCGAGCCUUGCGACAAUGAUCCGAUUGACACUAUCACCAUGGAGCACGAAUCCGUGGCUGUCACUUUGGCUCAAGAGGCUCGCCGCUGGGCCACCCGCGUAGUUCGCGAGGCAUCCCUCGUCCGGGAUGCGAAUCGCAAAAUCAGUUCUUAUCAAGCUAUGCGGGAGUCUGGACAUAAGGUGGACCCGAACGAACCCAACGGACCUGAGUUGGAAGUAAAGAUGGAUGAAUUGCGUGCCACAAUCCGUCGCUCUGAAAUAUCUAAGGCCAAGUACGAAGCUCGACUGGAAUGCUUAAGAGUCGGAGGUGCUCCUGUAGAUGAUUGGCUAAAGGAAAUCGAUCUGCUGGCUGUCCAGGAGACACUGCCACGCAGCAGCAGCCUGCUAAGUGUUAGAACUGACGCAUCCGGAGCCGCCGACCAGCCGAGCUCGGACUCUUUCUAUGAUAGCGACAACACUGAGGGUGAAGCAGCUGCUUCGGUGGCCGGCACCAGUGGCUCUGGUGGCCACCAACGUACCACUUCGGGCUCUCAGCAUGAGGACGAUCAUGAAGAUGAGGUUGACGCUGCCCUUGAGAUUGAACGCCAGCGAAUCGAGCAACUUGCGGGAGGAUGGGAUGAUCCCACUCAAGUGAACUGGGGUGAAUCCGACCCAGAGCCCUCUACUUCAGAGCCUAUAGAACCACCAGCACCACCGCUUUACAAGUGUACUGCUCUUUACUCUUACACCGCUCAGAAUCCGGAUGAGUUGUCUAUCAUUGAGAACGAACAGCUUGAAGUGGUUGGAGAAGGCGAUGGUGACGGUUGGCUGAAAGCUCGGAACUAUCGCGGAGAAGAAGGCUACGUGCCACACAACUAUCUCGAUGUUGACCAUGAUCAGGCAUCUAGCGCUCCAGGUUUGGUAAGCCAAAUAUCUUUCUCUUCUGUGGAUUACACUGUGGAGGGUGAAGACGCUGACGUUGUCCAGUCACCGGAUCAGAUCUCUGUGAUUUCGGCCCCCGUCGGCAAGCCUGAUGAACCGACUAAAGCCGCAGAAGCAGCUCAGGGCGAGGCCGCUGCUGUAGCCCAGGGGCCACCAAAAGUCGACCUACCGACUCUCGGUUACUGCUUUGCUCUUUACGAUUACGAAGCUGAGGCGUGCGAUGAGCUCAACCUUGAAGAGGGACAGAUUAUUCGCGUUGUGUCCCGUAAUGCUCAUGAUGUGGAUGACGGUUGGUGGCGCGGAGAGACAAAUGGCAUUGUGGGAAAUUUUCCGUCUCUCAUUGUCGAGGAAUGUGACGAGAAUGGAGAACCACUGAGUGUCGUUGAAGAGGACUGGACCCCAUCUGGAUGCGCUCCUCCGGUCUUCGCUUCACCACCGACCUCACCACCAGGUGCUUCAGAUGAAGCUGCGGUAAACGAGAGCAGCGCGGCCCCUCCUCUUGAACCACCACCGCCGCCGCCAGCUGAUCUCGGUGACUCGAUGGACAGCCAGCCCGACUUUAGCUUUAACCUAGAGUUGACCAGGAACCAGCAGGAGCAAUACGGCAUGCAGUUCUCGGAGCCCGCCGGCCCACCCGUGCCGCCCCCAGUCACUAUUGUUGUUGAUGAGGUUGCCAGCGAUAAUUUCGAUGAUGAGGACGAAGAAGAGAUGCCGCAGCCGAUGCCGGUGGUAAAGCCUGUGCCGCCGCCAGUUGAGCUGCCAAGUGCUGGCGAGUGCGGGCUGGGGGUCGCGCAGAUUGUGAUCACAGCGGCCACCCCGAUGGUCGAGGAGCCGGAACUACCGUUCCCGCCCGCAGAGCCGCAGCCGCAGCCGCAACCGCAGAUCGACGACGACGACGAGGAGUCGUCGCUGUCCGAGCAAACCGCGGUGUGCGUGCGUCCGCAGCCGACCUCUAGCUCCACAGGCUCGGAGGGCGAUUCAACAGGCCCGCACUCUCCACCCGCUGCCCCACGAGCCGGUCGCGCCUCCAUCCCCGAUGAACUAGAGCCCGCCCAGCUGGCGAGACUCACCGACCUCAAGGAGUCCAACGCCUAAAGGAUUCGGACGUACUUCUCCUUAACAAGUAUCCUCCAUCUAGAACGGAUCCGGUCGUCAAUCCGAGACCGUUUCUCUGCUAUGCGGUAUUGCAUUAAGCGAAUUCUCAUAUUUCCAACCUUUCAGGUCCCUUAUACAGUAGACGUGUCUCCAAAUAUCACGAUGUAUCUUCGUUCGAUUGUUACCUAUUCCUGAGGAGUUCAGUUUCAAGCUUUGACAACGCGGAACUGUGACUGCUUGUACGGGGCUCUGCGAUCUUUCAUCCUGUUAUUGCAAAAAUAUUUCUAACGACAUAUUGAUACUUUUAGUAAACGUGUUUACAUUACAUUCACAAUUAAUGUAUUAAUGUUAGAAAAACUAUGCGUUAAUUUAAUAAAUAUACUACAUAUAUUAGAGUAGAAAAUAAAGUAGGAUACAUUACUGAUUGUGAUCGUUUUUGUUGUUGAUUGGCGAAAAUAUACUAAUAACCAACUUAAAGCGCGGUAAAUAAUCAUUACUGAACCAAUCAUGCUUCAUUACAAUCGACAACAGAAACGUUCGUAGGUGCAUAGAGAAACGGUCGCAACCCUUACAGAUGUGAAUCAAACAGUAUUCAAAAUUUCGAUUAAAAGCGACAGAUCACCUGUUGACGGAUUGGAGGCCAGAACCGUAACCAAACAUUUUGGUCGACAAAUAAACACGAAAUCACAACGACAACAGCUUGAACACGCUAUAUAUGAAUAAAUUAUAUAUUAUUUUGAAUGGAUAAUUGAAGCUAAUGCAAAAGAUUGUCGGCCACGUUGUUUGUUUACGUAUGGAAGCUUUGUGAGCAUUAAUGAAUUUUUCUACUGUCGGUUUCUACCUUCGGGCAGUGCAGAAGUUCAUUGACAGUAAGGAUGAUACAGGGUGUUACCAAUUUCUCUGAUAUGCACACAAUAAUAAACAUUCAUUAUAACCGUGUUCGUAAUAUGUACAUUGAAUAGGCCAAUCAAAACCCCAACAAUUAAAUCCAGUAAGCAUUUUAAUUUUUAAUCGAUGUUAUUUAAUUAAAGCUUCAAUUUAUAGUCAGUGUUCUAGAAUUAAACACGUAACCGUUUAAAUAUUCAAAGAUUUAGCAUGAGUGUUUUUCAAUUAAUUAGAAUUUAUUGAUAUGUUAGAGAUAAUUUAUAUCUGCAGCUUUUUACUCUGUUAAUUAUAGAGGAUAGUUAGUUACGUUAGUAUGUUGAUAGUAAAUAUCGUUGGGUUCUUCAAAUGAUUAGAUUCCUUUUGAAAUUCAUCGUAAGUGAUAAUUAAUAUUAGCGUUAUUUUAUUAAAAUUUCAUUGGCUUGUUCUAUCAAUUACAAAGUUUAGAAGCGCUGAUGUUUAAUAUACACUUAAUCGAUUAAUAGCUAGUAGUGUUUAUGUGAAAUUAAUAUCUUAAUAUUCUACAGUAGCAAACGUUCAUUCAGUAAAUAAAACCUAAUUAGUUGUAAGAGAGGAUUAUAGCACUCUGAUGGCGUCUCUGAAAAGACUCAUCUCUGUCUAGAAAGCAUAGCACUGUAACUGUUUUUAGAAUUUUGUGCUUUUACACUAUUUUAUUGUAUGUGUUCUUUUCCACAAAGUCGCAACAGAGCAGAGCGAAAUCCAGUUUUAAAUUUAGCUUCAAGUACCUUUAUUUAUUUAGUUAUUCGCCUUUGUAGAGAUGAACACAUAUUAUAUUAGUUACUUAGUUACCUUUUUCAAAAUAGGCAGAUGCAGUCUAAAAUAGGCAAUUGCAGUAAAUCAUUUGUGAAACUCAUUACAAAAUGGAUCCUUAACUUACUACAUUCAGCUGAUCCGACAAACCAAAUGACGUUGUGACAUUUGUUUACAAGAGCGUUGCUGUUAAUAGGGACUACUCAUAAAGCCAAUUUUUUUAAUGGUUUUUUGUUCUAAUCCAAUACACCCAAAUGAUCUGUAUGUAAGAUGUAGGUAACGCUCAAAAUGGGUUAACUUUUAUGCUCUGUGCUGAGAUUGUGUUGAAUAUGAUUCGAACUUUAGUAAAAAUUCAUGGAUGCGUGAACAUAAGUGUCGAAAUCAGUUUUUUUUUAAUUUAAACUCAGAUUAACCUACGGAAGAAAGUUAACAACUUGAAAUUUCUUCUUCGUAAGAUAGAAAAAAAAUCUUUGUAGUAAAUUACGUAGUUUUAGUUUAAAUAAGAGUGCUGAUCCUUAUUUAGUAUAAGCAUACUUAUUAGAGUUUGUCAUUUCAUGUAUUUCUGUGUAUCAAUUAUACCAUCAAAUAAAUUAGACCGCUGUUUGAUUGUAGCUUAUUAUCAACACAAAAUUAUGAAAUACAUGCUAUAUUGGUACAAAUCAUAUGGCGACUCAGAUUGAAGAGACAUUCUGCUAUAAAUUCUUAAUAAUAUAUUAAGAAGUUGGGAGAAUCUUUUAAAAUUUCUUUUAUAACUCAAAUCUCGUAUCAUUAUCAUUUUGACUCGUUCAACACAAGGAGAUAGGAAUUAUUAAGACUGAUAUUCCAUACCCAUCUUCUUGGGGCCACAUAGUGGGAUUUAUAAGUAGCACUUGCGCCUGCCAUAUAUGUUUUUAGACCCCUCUCACUUGUUAUAGGGUAAGCCAUACACGUAUUGGCCAGAUCAUGUCAGACGUAAUUUGAUUUUUUUUAAUUAGUCGGGAGCACUACAGCUACUUUAGGUUUUAAAAUGGAAUAUUAAUUCAAAAUGGAAUUUGAAUGUGAGAGUCAAAAUAAAAGGAGGAAGAUACAUAACAAUUUCAGCUGAAAAUGUAUUAUUAUAAAAUACUCGAAAUAAUAUGGAGUUGUAUUGCAAAAAAAGAGAGUACGAAGUUGCCUAGUUCUUACACGUACAUACAUACAAGAAGUGCAUGUCUAAUAAUUACAAUAAAUUCAAAACAUAUUACCAGAUUGCUAAAAUAAAAAAAAAAAAUCCAAUAAAUGUUGCCUAUGGAAGUAAAAAAGAGAGAUAGAUAUCUCACUAUAUUGUUUACAACGGAAAUAAGACAUUAGAUUUUAAUGAUAUAUUUUCUACGUUUUGCUACUACCUUUAUGAAUAAUUAAACUUAAAAAGUCUCGUCGUCUGUUCAAUCCAGACAGUCUACACGCUUAAAAUAUCUGUCAGAUAGUAUGGUCGAUGCGGUAAACUAAGCAUUGGGGCUCAGAAAAAACAGUGUAAGUAUGAUCCAGAUACAUUAAUUACGACUUCUUCUUUUCAUGACAUACAAAAUAAGGAUUACAUAGAGAUCAUUUGAUUAGAAAAAUAUAUUUUACUGCUUUUUUCAAGUAGUUUUAAUGUGUAAGAUCUGACAAUACUUAGAGUACCUAUGGUAGGUUUAGAGACGAUUAAAAUAUUAUCUGGCAACACUAAACUCGUUCUAGAUAAUUCCAGCCUAUAGUGUAAUACUAUUUAGAAUGAAAAUUGUACAGGGCAUUUUAGGUACUCUGCAGAACUUAUAUUUAUGAGUAGUAUUAUUUACCAAGAAAUAAUGGCAGCCCCCUCACUUUAUAUAAGGAACAGUGCUAAAUACAUUUUUUCAAUCGGUAAUUGGAGCUGUCAUGGUUUAUGUGCUAUUAUUCUUUUAUCUUCGGGGUUGCCAUGAAUAAUCUAUAGAGUACCUAAUCUGGGCAGCAAUUUAAAUCUAUGUUUAAGUGUUAUCAAUACUAUUUAGUUUUCAAAAUCAAUGUACUAUCGCUUUAAUAAUGUUCUGUAAUGCCUUUUUGAUCUAUAAUAUAGUUUC